AUUUUCCCCCAUAAAACCGCAGUUGGGAGAGAGAGAGAGGGGGAGGUGUUUUGUUCUUUUUAUUCAGUGUUUAUUUAUUCUAUUUUAGGCCUUUUACAUUCGCCUACAAAAGCAGCCCCUUUCCUCCAAAAAAAAAAAACAGCAUAAAGUACAACACACGAAAAAAAGAUGGGUAGACGUAAGGAUUACAUGGACGAUGGGGAUGACUCUUCUGAUGAGGAGUCAGGUCGAAUCAACUUUGAUAUUACAGAAGACGACCUUGAAGCGGAAAUGGCAGGGUUUGCAGGACUUGGACAACGUAAACGACAUCACCGAAAUGACGACGAGAGUAGUGACGAGGACGAUAGGCCACAAAGAGGAGGACUUGGUAUGAGUGGAUUAGGACCUUCUUUUCAACCCGCUACACCACAAAAGAAAGAAACUCCCACCACACCUAUACCAAGUGAAGAAACCCAACCCAAAUCACGUCUUAAAAAACCUGUCACCAGUGCAGCGGCGGCACCCCCACCAGGGCCUGGAUUUGGUAAAUUUAAUGCUCACUCGAAAGGAUUUGGUCAAAAGAUGUUGGAAAAGAUGGGUUGGAAAGGUAAAGGUUUAGGAGCAGAUGGUGCAGGUAUUGUCAAUCCUGUUGAGACCAAACUUCGUCCUGCUCGUAUGGGUCUUAGUUUUAGGGGUUUUGAUGAACGAACUGAACAAGCCAAAUACGAAGACAAAUUACGUAAAGGUGAAAUUUCAUCGGAAGAAGAAGUGGAGGAGACACCCAAACGACGCAAUGCAUGGAAAAAGACCAAAGAACCGGGCAUGACGACAUCAUUGCACAAUCGAAAAUCCAGGAAGCCCAAGACAGUCUAUAAGACUGCAGCAGAAAUUAUUGCAGAUACCGAAAAAGAUGGGAUACCCUCCACCCAAGAGCAUCCACAACAACAACAGAAAAUCAUUGAUAUGACAGGUCCCACGAUUCGAGAAAUAUCCAUGGCAGAUAUCAAGAGAACAGAUUCACCCACUUUGAUGGAAGUCACGACACGAUUACCGGAAUUAAGGCAUAACUUACGUCUCAUCGUUGAUCUCGCUCGACAUGAUCUCGAAAACCUUUCACGCGAGAAAAAAUCCACUGCCUUUCGUAUGCAAUCCAUGCAAGAUGAAUUAUCCACCAUCAAACAAUUUUUGGAUAAGGAACAAGGUCAAUUAAGACGAUUGGAAGAGUUAAAGGAAAUCGCGCGUCAAUUAGAGAAAUCAAGCCAAGUGGGGUUAGCCACGGGCGCCUUUCAAAAGGGUGAUAUCACAGCUUUAUUCGGUGAACAAUUCGAUCUCUUGGAACGCGAUUUUUCAACAGAUAUUAAAGAAUUGGAGAUUGAUACACUGGUGAUCUCGGUUUGGGCUCCCGUUUGGAAAUACAGUAGUAUGACAUGGCAGGUUUUACAAGACCCCACUUGGGGUUUACACGAUGUCAAGCGUUGGAAACGAUUAUUAACUACCAACGAAACUGAAGAAACUGCCUCUUGGUCAUCAAGGUCCAAGACUCAAGUGAAACUCGUUUGUACCCCAUUUGAGACCAUGAUGAACACAAUCUGGCUUUCCAAAGUGCGAAGUGCGAUAAAUAACGGCUGGGAUAUCUAUGAACCCGACCCAAUGAUUCAACUGAUGGAAGAAUGGGAGCCAGUUUUACCUCGAUUUAUAUACGAAAACAUCAUUCAACAACUCAUCUUACCCAAGAUUCAUCGAGCCGUAACGGACUGGAACCCACGUACGGACCCUGUCAUGAUCCAUACCUGGGUUCAUCCCUGGUUCCCCACAUUACGUGCAUGGCGACUAUCCGAACUCUUUACGACCAUCCGACACAAACUCUCUGUUGUUUUACGACAAUGGCACCCAUCGGAUGAAUCUGCACUUCAUAUUAUAUCACCCUGGAAAGAUGUAUGGACACCGGAUCAAUUUGAAGGAUUUGUGCUGAAAUCGAUUCUACCCAAAUUGACGUUGGUCCUGCGAAACGAAUUUGAGGUGAACCCACGAGAUCAACAACACAUGGAAGUCAUGAUGUGGUGCUUGGCAUGGAAGGAUUUGAUAUCCGAGACGGUGUUUGGACAAUUAUUGCAGCAUGAAUUCUUUACAAAAUGGCAUGCUGUGUUAGAUCAAUGGCUUCAUUUGGAUAUCGAACAAGUGAAUUAUGAUGAAAUUAGUCAGUGGUAUCGAUGGUGGAGACAGUUUUUUGAUUCGUAUGGUUUUGAUACGAAUAAGAUUGUGAUGCAAGAAUUUAGAAAGGCUUUGGAAAUGAUGAAUAAGGCUAUUGGAGGUGGUGAUGAAAGUUUAUAUUAAAUUAAAAAAAAAAGUUUUCAUUGGGGGAAGAAGGAUUUUAUCCAUCCCCCCGUGUUUAAAACACACAGGGAAUGACAAUUUUUUCUAUUUUCUUUUGUAUAUAAAAACGUCAUCUAUAGGACGCCCAAUUGUAGCACGUAUUAUUGAGACAGGUGUUUAUAUAAGAAAGAAAGAAAAAAUAGUAUGUUCUUACUCAAACGAAAAAAAUAUAAAACUGCAUGAU